AUGGAUAAAUCAAGAAUAAAUGGACUGAACUAUGGACAGAUAAUAGGAUUGUCUAAGUCAUGUGUUGUAGGUGCCAGGAUUCCGAUCUUAACAGAUACCAAUGAGCUGAGGAUUCCGACCUUAACAGUCGAUGAUUGGACGGAGCGUAAGCUCCGUAAUUACAUCGCCCACGAACGAUUCAUCUCGAGUGAUGAACCGGCUUACUUUUCUGAUUACGCUUUGUUCACGGAUAACCUCAUCAGCACAAGCAAGGAUGUGCAGUUACUCCGUAAGAAAGGAAUUAUUGAUAAUUGGUUAGGAGACGAUGAAUCAGUUGCGAAUAUGAUCAACAGGCUUCAGAACUCCGUUGUUAUGUCGGAUCACUUUUACUAUGCCGAGAUGUUUGAGAGGGUGAAUGAGCAUUGCCAGAAAAGAAGGCACAAAUGGAAGGCAGCACUGAACAAAAACUAUUUCAACUCUCCCUGGUCGCUCAUAUCGUUUCUUGCCGCCACUGUCGUUGUCCUGCUUGCUAUCGUACAAACUAUAUUUCCAGUUCUUUCUCAUUUGACGACCAAGAUUGAAGGCAAGCCUGUUCAAGUGAUGGAAUGGAUUUCUUCUGGUUUCCUGCUUCAUUGGUGACUUUUGUCUUUAAGCUCUCAUCUUUAUUCUCAAGUGGUGUUGUAUGGGAUUUUCUAGAUUGGUCAGAGUAUU